UUCAGAGAGGUAGACAGUAUGGCCAGCUCAGCCAGAGAGCACCUGCUUUUUGUGAGGAGGCGCAAUCCCCAGAUGCGCUACACACUGAGUCCGGAGAACCUUCAGAGUCUCGCCUCUCAGGGCUCCAUGCCCGAGAACAUGAACCUUCAGAGGGCUAAUAGUGACACUGAUCUGGUGACUUCGGAAAGCCGCUCUAGCCUGACUGCAAGCAUGUAUGAAUAUACCCUGGGCCAAGCCCAGAACCUCAUUAUCUUCUGGGACAUUAAAGAGGAAGUGGACCCUACUGACUGGAUUGGACUUUAUCAUAUAGAUGAGAAUUCUCCAGCCAACUUUUGGGAUUCCAAAAACCGAGGUGUGACUGGGACACAAAAAGGACAAAUUGUAUGGAGAAUUGAACCUGGGCCCUAUUUUAUGGAACCGGAAAUAAAAAUAUGUUUUAAAUACUACCAUGGCAUUAGUGGAGCCCUGAGAGCUACUACCCCAUGUAUUACUGUGAAAAAUCCUGCUGUGAUGAUGGGGGCAGAAGGCAUGGAAGGAGGUGCUUCAGGAAAUCAACAUUGUCGGAAAUUAGUCAGUUUUACUUUGUCAGAUCUUAGGGCAGUUGGGCUAAAGAAAGGAAUGUUCUUUAAUCCUGAUCCUUACCUUAAGAUGUCAAUUCAGCCAGGAAAGAAGAGCAGUUUUCCUACAUUUGCCCAUCAUGGGCAGGAAAGAAGGUCUACCAUCAUCAGUAACACAACUAAUCCAAUUUGGCACAGAGAGAAAUACUCUUUUUUUGCACUUCUUACUGAUGUCUUAGAAAUCGAAAUUAAAGACAAAUUUGCCAAGAGUCGUCCUAUCAUCAAGCGUUUUCUUGGGAAACUAACCAUACCAGUCCAGAGGUUGCUGGAGCGUCAAGCCAUUGGUGAUCAAAUGCUCAGCUACAACCUUGGCAGAAGGCUUCCAGCUGACCAUGUGAGUGGGUAUCUCCAAUUCAAAGUUGAGAUUACAUCUUCUAUUCAUGAAGAUGCUUCCCCAGAAGCAGUUGGUACCAUCCUUGGAGUAAAUUCUGUGAAUGGAGACCUGGGGAGUCCCUCUGAUGAUGAGGAUAUGCCGGGGGCACAUCACGACUCCCCUGCAGUUUCUAAUGGUCCAGUUUCUGAGGAAAGUGAUGGCACUCCCAAGCAUUCCUUUAGGACUAGCUCUACUAUGGAAAUAGACCCUGAGGACCUAACUUCUAGUUCUUCCAGGACCUCCCCUCCCAGAGGACGGCAGGAUUCGCUGAACGAUUAUCUGGAUGCCAUUGAGCACAAUGGUCAUUCCAGGCCGGGGACAUCCGCCUGUGCUGAGAGGUCCCUGGGAGCUUCUCCCAAAUUAAGGAGUAGCUUCCCCACCGAUACCAGACUCAACGCCAUGCUUCAUAUUGACUCUGAUGAGGAGGAUCAUGAGUUUCAGCAAAAUCUAGGUUAUCCCUCUUCCUUGGAAGAGGAAGGGGGGCUAGUGAUGUUCAGUAGUGCUUCACGGACUGAAGAGGGGAACUCGGCGACUCCGGCAAAGUCAGAAUCCAUCCCCGCUGAGGGGGAGGAAGCCCCAGCAGCUGAAGCGGCUUCUGUGGAGAAUAAGCAGGAGGAGGAACUUGCCGAGGUCCCUGACAGUUCCUCGGUUUCAGAUGCAGCUGCAGAAGGAGAAAAUGGCCAGGAACCUCAGCCAAGUGAAGAGCAAGGCAAUAGUGAAUUGGGUGACUCUCAAGAGGGUGACCCACCUACCAGUGAGGCAGACCCGGGAAAUGUGGAUCUGCCUGGGGAAAGCAGAAGAGCCAUUAGUGAAACUGAGUCGAUUGACCAAGGGUCUGAGCCUUCCCAGAUAUCAUCUGAGACAGAACCCAGUGACCCUGCCCGGACCGAGAGCGUCAGCGAAGCCAGCACCAGGCCCGAGGGAGAGAGCGACGCCGAAGGGGCCGACAGUUCCUGCAACGAGAGUGUUACCACGCAGCUGUCUUCGGUAGACACCCGCUGCUCCUCUCUGGAGAGUGCCCGGUUUCCUGAAACUCCAGCUUUUUCAUCUCAGGAGGAAGAGGAGGGGGCUUGUGCUUCAGAGACCGCCCAGGGUGCCACUGCUGCAGGGUCGCAGGACUCCGUGUGCACCCCUGGGUCUUUGCCCAUGGUAAGGGUACCCAGUGGUCAGGAGGAGGGACAGGCGGCAGAUGGGUCUGCCUUGGCUGAUGGAGAGGAGAUGGGCGAGAUCUGGCAGAGGAGGAACAGUCUUCAGGCUACGGCAGAGAGCCAGGCCCACGAAGAAGACGCCGGGGAUGCUCAGGACGCUUGUGAAGGGGCCACAGCUCAAGCUGAAGGAGCUACUGGAGGUUCUCAAGCCAACGGCCACCAGCCAUUGCGAUCGCUACCUUCAGUACGUCAGGAUGUUAGCCGAUACCAGAGGGUGGACGAGGCUCUGCCACCAAAUUGGGAGGCUCGGAUCGACAGCCAUGGAAGGAUAUUCUAUGUGGACCAUGUAAACAGAACAACAACGUGGCAGAGGCCCACUGCUCCCCCCGCCCCACAGAUACUUCAGAGAUCCAAUUCUAUACAACAAAUGGAACAGCUAAACCGUAGGUAUCAAAGUAUCCGCAGGACAAUGACUAAUGAAAGGCCUGAAGAACACACUAAUGCUAUUGAUGGAGCUGGAGAGGAUACAGACUUCCAUCAGUCCAAUGCAGAUUUUCGACGGGAGAAUGUGCUGCCCCACUCUACCUCCAGGUCCAGGCUGACGUUACUGUUACAGUCUCCCCCCGUGAAAUUUCUCAUAAGCCCAGAGUUCUUCACCGUGCUGCAUUCUAACCCUAGUGCCUAUCGCAUGUUUACAAACAAUACCUGUUUGAAGCACAUGAUCACCAAAGUCCGGCGGGACACUCACCACUUUGAACGCUACCAGCAUAAUCGAGACCUAGUGGGAUUCCUCAACAUGUUCGCUAACAAACAGCUGGAGCUGCCAAGGGGCUGGGAAAUGAAGCAUGAUCACCAGGGCAAGGCUUUUUUUGUCGACCACAAUUCCCGUACCACCACUUUCAUUGACCCUCGGCUCCCACUUCAGAGCAGCAGACCGACAAGCGCUUUGGUACAUCGGCAACAUCUGACCAGGCAGCGCAGUCAUAGUGCUGGUGAAGUAGGAGAGGACUCUCGACAUUCAGGGCCACCAGUUCUUCCUAGGCCAUCCAGCACCUUCAAUACUGUCAGUAGGUCACAGUACCAGGAUAUGGUUCCAGUAGCCUACAAUGACAAGAUAGUUGCAUUUCUGCGUCAGCCCAAUAUCUUUGAAAUUCUACAGGAGCGGCAACCUGACCUUACCAGGAACCACUCACUCAGGGAGAAGAUUCAGUUUAUCCGGACAGAGGGGACACCUGGACUGGUACGUCUUUCCAGUGAUGCUGAUCUUGUGAUGUUGCUAAGUUUAUUUGAAGAAGAGAUAAUGUCAUAUGUGCCUCCACAUGCCUUACUCCACCCCAGCUAUUGCCAGUCCCCACGCAGUUCCCCUGUGUCCUCGCCUCAGAACUCUCCAGGUACGCAGCGUGCCAAUGCUCGAGCUCCUGCCCCUUAUAAACGAGAUUUUGAAGCCAAACUACGGAACUUCUACAGGAAGUUGGAAACUAAAGGAUAUGGGCAAGGGCCAGGGAAGUUAAAGUUAAUCAUCAGAAGAGACCAUUUGUUGGAAGAUGCUUUUAAUCAGAUUAUGGGCUAUUCCAGAAAAGACUUGCAGAGGAAUAAGCUCUAUGUCACCUUUGUUGGAGAGGAAGGGCUGGAUUACAGUGGACCUUCUAGAGAGUUUUUCUUCCUGGUAUCCAGAGAACUCUUUAAUCCAUAUUAUGGCUUAUUUGAAUAUUCAGCUAAUGAUACAUAUACAGUACAAAUAAGUCCCAUGUCUGCUUUUGUAGACAAUCACCAUGAAUGGUUCAGGUUUAGUGGUCGAAUCCUUGGCCUUGCACUGAUACACCAGUAUUUGUUAGAUGCCUUCUUCACACGACCAUUUUAUAAGGCGCUCCUCAGAAUUCUGUGUGAUUUGAGUGAUCUAGAAUACCUUGAUGAGGAGUUCCACCAGAGCCUUCAGUGGAUGAAAGACAAUGACAUACAUGAUAUCCUAGACCUCACCUUUACUGUAAAUGAAGAAGUUUUUGGACAGAUCACUGAACGAGAAUUAAAACCAGGGGGUGCCAAUAUCCCAGUCACAGAGAAGAACAAGAAAGAAUACAUCGAAAGAAUGGUGAAAUGGAGGAUUGAGAGGGGUGUUGUACAACAAACAGAAAGCUUAGUACGAGGUUUUUAUGAGGUAGUGGAUGCUAGACUGGUGUCUGUCUUUGAUGCAAGAGAACUGGAACUGGUCAUUGCUGGAACUGCUGAAAUAGAUUUAAGUGACUGGAGAAACAACACAGAAUAUAGAGGAGGAUAUCAUGACAAUCAUAUUGUAAUCAGGUGGUUCUGGGCUGCUGUAGAAAGAUUCAACAAUGAACAACGACUAAGGUUGUUACAGUUUGUCACAGGCACUUCCAGCAUACCCUAUGAAGGCUUUGCUUCUCUGCGAGGGAGUAAUGGGCCAAGGAGAUUCUGUGUGGAGAAAUGGGGAAAAAUCACUGCCCUUCCCAGGGCUCACACUUGCUUUAAUCGUCUGGACCUUCCCCCCUAUCCAUCAUUCUCCAUGCUUUAUGAAAAACUUUUGACAGCUGUAGAAGAAACAAGUACUUUUGGACUUGAAUGAUCUGGCAACCAAAAUGCCCAGCCCUUUGUGGAUGGGAUUUCAUGGAACUUGCCUUCUUGAAGAAUGAGUGGACUUCAGUGUGAAAGUUCCUAGAUAAUGGUUACUUUCUAGUGCAUCUAGGGACUGAGAUUCCAAGAACAAAUGCUCAGUAAUUUCUGGGGCGUAUAGGACAAUGGUGAGUCCUCUUGGAAGGAUCUGGAUAGGCCUGAUGUGCAGGGAAAACCCAACAGUCUUUCAAUCAACAGUUCUUCCUGACUGCCAAACUUUUUUUUUUCAAUUCAUUAUGUUCCAAGAACAAGAUGAGACUGUAAGGGAUCAACUACAUGGUAAUUAUAAGGACUUAUCAGGAUCCUAAAACUAGUCCUUGGACUUAUUCAAGCCAAACUGUGGGAUCACUUGACCCAGUCUGCAAAUUAGUUAAAGUUAAAUGAUAUAAUAAAGAAAAAUCUUUCCUUAACGUAUAUUAAUCUAUGCCCACUGUUAUGAUAGAACAAUCCUUUCUUGCUGUACCCAAGACUCUGAGCGCCUGCAUGGUGUACAUCAUGUAUUUCAACUUUUAAAGAGUUGCCAUGAAUAGAAAUCUGAGUCACAGGGAGGUAACUAAAAUGGGUUGCCAUAAAACUGAUUGAUGAAAAUGAGUAUUCAGGUGGGAUGUGUCUAAGUAAGGGUGGCUACAGAUGAGUGGUUAUACCAUGGGUUACUGUUAAAUUACAGAUUUAUGCUUUAUAAUGCAUGGAAACCAUUUUUAAAAUAGCAAUUUAUCACAUCAUAUCAGGAAAAAAACACAGUAACUUCUGUUUAUUUUUAUAGGUUCAUUAUGUUUGUGUUCUUUAAAUUGUGAAUAAGAACCUUGCAUAUUAUGGCUCAUCUCUUCCAUUUCCAUGCAUUGUUUUAAUAUGGGUACUGUUAAGUACUCUCAAGGGGAAAAAAUGCCUUUUAUUUUUAUAAGGGUAAGAAAAAAUCUCCCCAGAUAUUUUGCACUGAAUGUACCAAAGUCAAUGAGAUGUUACAAUAUGACUGACAGCAACUCAUUCACUCUUAGAAGUAAAUAAGGAAGUUUCUUAGAAUUCACCUUUCUUUCCCUGGCAAUGUCUAGCAGAACCAAGGCUGGGCACGUAAGGAAUAUAUUUUUUUUAAACUCAUACUGUGUAAUCAUACUGUGUAAGCAUUUAUUUUAAAUGCACCAGAUUCUUUUCCAUCCAUUAACUACUUUGAAAUAGCAUUUUAAAAGGAUGUUUUCUAUUCCUUCUCAUCCUCCCACAGCUCUAUAUUUGUAUACCUCUGUCCAAUACUAAGCUCACUUGGGAAGCCCAAUGUAUUGUGCAAGAAAUCAACCAUCUUUAAGAGUAACAACAGCAAUUUUCCUCAUUCAUGGCCACCUCAGGAAUUUAAACUGUCUAUAAUGUGUUUCUAAGCCCGAAUUGUCACUGAUGCAUAAUUUUCUUAAGAAUGUUAAUUAAUUGGUGAUAUUUUCUAUAUCUCACAAACUGCAUGAUAUCUACAAUUUUAAAUGUUUAAUUUCACCAAAUUAUCUCCUUCACCUGAAAGUCAUCUGAGAUGUCUCCGUAUCUUUGUACAUUUCUUUAUGGUCAUACUCUCUCAGAAUUUCAGUUGAAGUGUAUUUGAGACUGAGAAUGGAUAACAUAAACAUUAGAGUAAUUGAUUUAGAGCUUGGCCUAAAACAUUCUUUAAGAAUUAGAUAUAAGAAAAACUCAAGGGUUCUAAUUGUAAAGCACUGGAAAUUUGGUAUGCUCUAGAAUUGAUGUAUUUAAUUUUCAAAGCAAUGGUGGCUACUGUCUAAUUGGUAUGGUUGAAUUUACUGUUGUAACCUUCAAGAAGGAUGUCAUUUAUUCCCUGUGGACUAUAUUAUAAUCCUGCACUGAUGGCAUGAUCUAUGUGGAGGAGAAUAUCCUUAGAGAGUAAGAUCUUUUGUGUUCUAUAAGCUUCCCAGAAAAACAUGAGGGAAAAAAACAACCAGAUUUGGACUUAGAAUAUUUGUUUGCACUUAAUGAGCACAGUUAUAGAGAUCAUAUCUUUAAUUAUGCAAAUAAUUAUGGCCUCUUUUGUAUUCUGUUUUCCCAUGUUAUAAAGACAAAAUAGUAUAGCAUACUUUUAUGCACAUGUUUUUGAUCAAUGUGUAUGAAAAUAUAUUCGCAAACUAGUAUUUAUAAUGUAGUCAUUUAACAAAAUAUCUGAUAUACAUGAUCACACUUAUUCAGGAACUGCACUCAAUUUUCCAUUUAUUAUCAUUUCAAUUUGUGAUACUUUUACUACUUGCCAUAGUCUAUAAUUCAUCAGGUAAGAGAUUCAAGUGGAGAAAGAAAUAGCUCUUCAGUUAUUUUAAAAGCAGAUCACUGUAUUAGAUAUGUUAACUUCUCCCAAAGUAUAGAAUUGCCUAAUGCAUACAAACAUUCUUAGUUAGACUAUUUGAAGCUUUUCUCAGAACUUGGAAUUUCCAAUGAGCUCUUCAGCAUGUUUGCCUAAUUUAUUCUUCUUCAUUAGAAAAGGACAGAAAACACAGAACUAUAGCUAAACAAAAACAUUCAAGUAACAUUUCUUCAGAAUAAACUAGGAAAUCUUUUAAAAAGCAGUCCACUAAUGAAAACACCCUAAGCAUUUUCCUGUUCAUGAUUAUAGGUGCUCUGAUAACCAGGUUUCAAACAAUUUCAAAAGUGAAUUCAUUUACUAUAUCAACAUCAGGAUCCAUAUAUGUAGUAGUUCUCAAUGCCAAAUAUCUCAGUAAAUAUCUCUUGAAUGGAAACAGAGAUAUGAAACUAUUUUCUAAUUUCUUUUAGGUUCCCAUUCCAUUUCUUCACUAACAGUGCCCCAGAUCCUUUAAUCAUCAUUCAUAUUUGGUUCCCAUUGGCAUAGAAUCAUUUGUUAAUGCUAGUCAAGUGCUGAAAGGACAAUGAACAUUUACAUUUGAGAAUUUUGGGUGCCCCUAGCAGCAGCACUUGGUCUUUGAAGUGAGGUCCCCAGAGAAAGAUGAACCCAAAACUUAGUUCUUCAAAUUAAGAAAAUGAAAUAACAAGAGUCCACAGCAUUUUGAUUGCAGCUAAAGUAAAUCAUAACUUAAAUUUCAAGUGUGAAAAUCUGUGUCCUGCCACUAACAUGCAGAUCCAUUUGGACAGUAUUUAUUACCUCCAAGUUCCUCAUAACAUGGAUCUCUAGUCACAGCAUGUUUGGUUAGAUUUUUCUGGCUUAAAAUUGACUCAUAUUGUAUUUCUUAAAUGAUUUGAAUUUAACAUCAAUCCUUGUAUUAAGUACCCACUAUACACAGCGUUCUAUGCUAGGGCAGGUAAUAAAAAUCUGAAAUAAGGCACAUUUCCUGUCCUCAGGGUAUUUACAGUUUAGUAAAAGAGAUGAAGUGUGUGCAAAUGACUCCUUCCACUAGUAUAGAAUACAAUUUUUUCAUGUCAUAGUAGAUGGUCUUCAUGAGUUUCUGUGGCCAAAAAUUUGUCACCUACUGGCCAAAUUUUUGGUGAUAAACCUUUAUGAUUAGACCUAAGUUGGUCCUCAAACAGUAUACAUUUUACUGUUAGAGAUCUCUACUAAAUUCAUUUAAUAUAAGAAUAUUGCUAUAUUUAUACUAUAUAUAUAGCAUAAAUCCUAUCUAUUCCCACAGAAAACUCAUAUCAAUAUAUGAAUCAAAAAUAUGUGAUUGAAUAUAUGAAAUGAGAGUAUAGAGGAAUAAAAUCAAUUUUUGUCUGUGAUUUUAUACAGGCAUGUGAUAUGGUGCAAAGAGUCAUAGAUUUCAAGUUAGAGGACCUGGAUUCAAAUUCAAAAUCCUGCCACUUGUGUGAACUUUGACAAAUCAUUUAAUCUAUCUGGGCUUCAGUUUCCUCAUCUUUAAAAUGAGGGGGCAGGCCUAGAUGAUCCCUAAUGUUCUUUGGGACUCUUGUGAAUAUCUUAUCCCUGUAAACUCAUAUAUUAUACAAUCCAUCCAAGAAAAUGACAGAACCAUUGCUUCAGCCAAUAUAUUCCAAUAUCAGUGGAUUGUACAAAUUGAUUGAUCUCUGCCUCUUAUCUUUUAAAACUAUCUUAUCAAGAUAAGAUAGUCUAAAACUAUUUGUAAAUCUAUAUUCAUGAAGAAAAAACCUCUCCAAAUUUACUAGUUGCAUUUUGAUUUCUUUUGAGAGAAAUUCAGACUUCAGUUCUAUAUUUAUUUUUCUUGUCCUGCUAAAAUAUAUUGAAUCAAUAUUUAUGAUCUUACUUCAAACAACAAUAAAUAACAAAUAUUGAAUCAAUAUUUAUGAUCUGAUUUGAAAUAACAAAUGACAAAACUCAUAUUACAUUUUGUACAUUUUACAUAUAUGUAAUUAUAUAUAUAAAACACUUCUCAAUGUCAUAUAUCUCUGUAGAUAUCUUUUGGAUGAUACCAGAGGCACGCAUUUUCAUUGUUAUCACAUGGUCAUUUUUUCUUGGUUAAAUGGAGGUUCUUCCACCAAAGUCCCCUCUAAUUACUCAUACUGAUGUGGAAGUAGUCUUAGGUUGUCAGCAGAAGCAAACUUUAACAGAUUCUACCAAGAUAGAAAAGUUUCACAUAUGGGUCUAGUGAAAGAAUAUGUAUCUAUCUUCUAGGACUAGCAUAAUUUAAAAUGGAGACUCAGCAAUAACAUGUUAGCAUCUUCAAUCAAAGCAAUUCAUGAAUAUGGGACACCUAGAUGGCACAGGGAAUAGAAGUGCUAAACCUGGAAUUAAGAAGACUUGAGUUUAUUAUCUGCCUACUAAGAGAUGAAGAUAUUGCAAUUUGCAAAGUAUUACAUUUUUUUCCAUUUGGGAGAGAGUACCCAGUAAAGAUAAGAUCGUGAAUCCUUAAAUUAUUCCAGUAAUAUAUGGAUAGAAGCACAUUUAACACUCACUUUCUACAACCAACUUAUGCCAAGAGCUCCUGGUACCUCUUUUCAUUGGUCACAGUAGACAAAGGAAAUAAUAGUUUUCAAAUAUCCUACUCAAAAUGUUCUUAGUUCUCCUUCACAAUGUAAUUCAUCCAAAAAAGCAUCUGUUAAAGAUACUUUUGAAUUAUAUAUGCUUUCUAUUUUUAUCCACACAAAUGAAACAAACACAACAAAAACUGCCAAUGUACCUUCAGUGGUAAAGAGCAUUGCAAGUAAUAGCCCCGGGCUGAUAGAGGAAACAGUUUUUUUUGAGAGACAAAAUAUGUACUCUUAAAAAAGAAAAAGCUUCAAAAUUUAUCCAAAAACCACACUGCACCUCCCACAGGAUAGUCCUCUAGUCAGAUGUGAUGGUCAGAUAUCACAAAAUACUGUUUUAGUUUAAUGUAUUAGAAGUACUAUUAAAGAUGCAAAUUUCUUCUGAAUAUUUUUGUGCAAACUAAUUGUACCAAAAUAAAUUAUCUAAGUAACAAUCAUAUUACACUAAUUUCUUAAAUUGGCACACUAUAAUUUUAUUAAAAUACUCAUUUCACUCUAGAUGAUUUUUUUAAACCAGGAAGGAUUUGGUAUAAUUUCCAAAAGAAGUGUUUUAAACCUUCUUGUUAUAUCUCCAUCGUCUAAUUGAUUUUUAGCAAUAUUCUAACAGCUAUUAAGCACUUGUAAUGUAUCAGACACUCCUUAAUACAGUGGGGAUACCAACAUAGGCAAAAAUAGAAUGUUCCUCAAGAAGUUUACAUUCUAAUAAGAGAAUGCAAAUGACUACUUGCAAAUAAAACACAGUAGGCUGGCAUCCAAGCAUCUUCAUUCUUUACCACAGAGUGACUCAGUUGAAACUAAAGCAAGAUGCCUUUUUUUUUACCUAAGAAUUUAAUUUUGACUCUUCAAGUCCUUCAUGACUGACUUCUUUCCCUGGUACAGAGCUGAACACAUGCUAAUGACAUCAGAGCUAGCUGUAUUUUGGCUGGAGGCCAGUUUCUGCCCAUUAGAAGGGCAUUCAGAAUGAGAAACGGAGACAAGGAGCCUAGCAUUUGAGCCACCCCGAGAAUGUAACAGCCAUUACUGACCAGCUGUCGGGCUAUGGAAGUAGCAACAGCAUUCAUGGGUCUGGUGCAAAGAAUGUAUUGAGGGCGUGUGGACUUAGAGCAUAACAUUUCUGAAUCAGGACUCUGAACAGGUGAAGUGCUGGGAAAGACAGGAAGGAGGGAGAGAGGGAAAGACAGUACUAAUUUUAUUGAAUCUCUUUUUGGUGGAGCAGGGAAGGUUAGCAUAUAUAAGGUUUUUUUUUUUUUAGCAUACAUAGUUGAACUUUAUUUCUGACUAUGAAAAAUAUACUGUAUUGUCUAGUGAGGCCAUUUUUUGAAAAUUCAUCCAUGAGGGGAGGGAGGGAAAUACUCAUUUCAUAACUAUAGUAGGUUGGUUAUUAUCUAUAUUGUACAGCAGAAUUUAGCCAAAAAGUAUUAAAGCUAGUCAUAUAUUGACCAGGAGGUUCAAGAGUCUAGCAUUAAUAUGCAUUGUGGGUUUUUAAAAUUAAUUAUUAUUGAGCCUUGUAUAGUAAAUAAAAUGAAAGGUGGUGCUUCAGUAUUUUUAUUAUAUUUAAUUUAUGCUUAGUGGACAUUCUUUCAAUGGGAAGAGCUUUGGGGAAAUUAUUCACAUCAUAUUUUCUAGUGGUAUCUUAAAUUUUACCUAUUAAAUUAUAUAAGAAAUAAAAUCUAAGAAGCUUAAUUAUGGAAUGACAAAUCAAGAUCUGAGUAAUGUUUGUAAUUCAACAAGUUAAUUAAGACUAAAAGGUGUUUUCAUCCACAAAAGGCUUUCAUGAUUCAGUGAUUCAGAAGGACAAGAUAUUAUUUUAAUAAAAAAGCUAAAAUUCUUGUGAGGGUGGUUUUAGGGUAUUUUACAAGAGUAAAAGAUUCAUUGAUACAAAGUUUUUAUGUCUAGUGUCUUGGGUAGAUCAAGUCAACAAGCAUUUAUUAAGUACCCACUGUAUGUUAGGUACUGUGCUAAGGCUAUGGUAAUGUCUUUCCAUCACAUCUAUCUUUUAAAAUGUCAUGACUUUGAAAUAUAUGCUAGAAGACAGUGUAUGAGUCAGAGUUAGUCAGUGAUCACUGAGGCUAGGCCGGGACCAUGAGUGGAACUCUUGACUAUCAGCCUUUAUAGAAAAGACGGAAACGUUCUUGAAAGAUUAAAGAGGAAACAGUAAGAAACCCUAAUGUUCCAAAAUGCUUAAUGGGAAUGCAGUUUAUCCUUUAUAGGAUGUUCCAAAAAAUUCUGGGGGAUGUCAAUAUGUAGGAAAAUGCAUAAGAUUACAUGUUUUUUUAUAAUAGGGAUGCAGGCAUUCCAAAAUGAACUCAUAAAAUUCAUGGAUCUCCUUCAUCUCUUACUGAAAGUAUUACUUAACCUAAUUUUAUAACAAGUCUUUCUUUUUAAAAGAUUUGACACUGUAAAAAAAAAAAAAAACACCACAUAUUUAUUUCUAAGGUUUAGGUCGAGCACUGGCAGUGCAUUUUUUAUGCCUUUUCAUGCUUUCCUUGCCUCACAUGUCCACUAUUUUACAUAUCACAUGCAAUAGCAAUGUUUCUAUCUUUCAGGGAGUUUGAUUUAAGUUGCACAUUUAUUCAAUGUGACUUUUAAUAGAGAUUAAAAACAAUGGGAGAUAUUUGAUAGAAGCAUUAAGAUUACACAUCUCUCAUUUCAUCUUUUAUCAGUUAAAUUUCAUCUUCUUUCUUCAAGGCAAAUACAGCAAAUUGUAAAACAUACAGGAAGUGGUUCAUGGGCAGUAUUAUAUAAAGCCUGUGACUUUGAAAUGUAAUAUAAUGUUUGCUUUCUGGGAAAUUUGUAUACUGAUCCUCAUCUGAAUAUCUGACGACUCUUGUGUUGUAUUUUUUAUGAUUCUAAAAUGCUUUGAGGGAAAGAUAUUUUAAUGUGUACAAUUUGUUUUAUUUUCAUACUGAUCUCUAUUUUUGUUUAAAACCAUGUUGCAUCAUAAAAUCACUUAAUCCAAAAUAAAUCUUCUUUUAAGAAAAAGAAA